AUGCCAGAUGGGGUUUUCCUUGUUAGGUUUGGAUCUAUUGAAGGAAGGGAUGCAUCCAUGAAUGCUGGUCCUAUGUUGUUUGAUAGGAAGCCCUUGAUUGUGAGGAAAAGGAAGCCUAGAAUCAACCUUAGAGAGGAGAAGAUUAGCACUGUGCCUGUUUGGGUUCGUUUGCCUGGAUCGGACUUGAAGUUUUGGGGGAAGUCUACCCUCAUGAAGAUAGGGGGUCUGGUGGGUGUGCCUUUGAAGCUUGAUAUAGCUACUGCCAACAAAGAACUUAUUGAGUAUGCAAGGGUAUUAAUAGAGGUAGAGAUUAAUGGUAGUUUUAUGGAGCAUAUUGAAUUCUUAGAUGAAAAUGGUGGUAAUGUGAAACAAGAGGUGAUAUUUGUGUGGAAGCCUGUCACUUGCUCCAUGUGUAAGGGCAUGGGACAUACGGUAGAUAUCUGCCCUAACAAAAGGGUAUGGAAACAAACUUAUGUUCCUACAGCUCAGAAAGUUUGGAGGCCGGUGCAACCUUCUAGCAAGCAAGCUGAUGUAUACGGUAACUCAUCAAUUCUUGAUCAGUAA